AUGGGUUCAUCAUAUCAAAAGCCCGUAGCUGUUUCUAACAAAGAUCAGAAACCGUUGCGAGUAUUUAUCAACGGACCUCAUUCAGCUGGGAAAACAACUGUACUCAACGUUGCAAAAUUUGGCAAAGAUAUCCCAACAGUGCCAACAAUUGGUGCGGAAAUCGUAACAUUAGCAAUUAACAAUAUCUCUAUAUUGGCAAUAGAUGAGGGUGGACGUUCGAGAGCUCGUGUUUUCCAGCGUAUUCAUUAUCGCAAAGCUUCGGGAAUCAUUCUUGUUAUUGACUCAACUGAUAGCGAAAGAAUUACUGAAGUACGUGACGAACUUCUUCAAAUAUCAAAUGAAGAAGAACUUGAAAAUAAGCCUAUUCUUAUUUUCGCUAAUAAACAAGAUUUAUCCAAUUCUAUGACAUUGGAUGAAAUACAAGACAAACUUAACUUAACUAAACUAAACGAAAAUGUUAAAUGGCACUUGCAAUCGGCUUGUGCCAUUCGAAAUGAAGGUCUUCGUGAAGGUUUUGAAUGGUUGGCACAUUCUAUGGGCGAAAAACUUGAAACAAUCAAACCGAUCAAUGAGACCAUUAACGAUUUGACCGCAUUGAAAUGUCGUCUGGUAUCCAUGUGGAAUAUGGCAAAUUUGAAAACAUUGUGGAGUAAAUUUGUUCAGUUUUCGUAA